AUGGCCACCCAAGAGACAAAGCGACAGGUCAUCAUCGUUGGAGGUGGCAUCACAGGCCUUACCUUGGCCCUGAUGCUGCAAAAUCUAGGCGUCGACUAUUUGCUUCUCGAGGCGUACGGCACGGUAACGCCCAACGUUGGAGCGAGCAUCGGUCUCUUCCCCAACGGAUUGCGGGUGCUCGAUCAGCUGGGCUGCUACGAAGACAUUCUGAGUAAGGCACAACCGGUUGAGGAGAUGAUCACCCGAGACAGUGCCUCUGGAAAGCGCAUCAUGACCCGCAAGACAAGAGCUCUCAUCACCCAUCGUCACGGGUACCCAAACAUGUUCAUGGAGCGCUAUGAGCUUAUAUGCGUGUUACAUCAGCACUUGAAAGAGAAGGAUAGAAUUCUCGUCAACAAGAAGGUGAAGCGGGUGGAGAGCUUGGAGGAUGGAGCCCUGGUGUACACCACGGACGGCUCAGUGUUUGAAAGCCAGGUUGUCGUGGGCGCAGACGGUGUGCGCAGCACAAUCCGGCAGGAGAUGUGGAGGAACGCGGACGACAACAACGACUCGGCCGCGAUCCCUUCGGUCGACAGAGGCAACAUCCCCUGCGAGCACGCCUGCAUCUUUGGCACGGCGAAACCGACGCCGGGUGUGGCGGCCGGCGAGGUCGUCGGCGCAAGCGGCGACGGUACCGUAGCCGGCUGCAUGGGCGGACCCGGCGGAGAGGUGUUCGUGUUCUGGUUCUGGACGCUGCCCGAGUCUCGGCGGUCAUGUCCGAUCGACGACAUCCCGCGCUUCGGUGACGAAGACAAGCGACGCGAGUUCAAGCGCGGCGCCGACGCCCUCGUGGCCGACAACGGCCUGCGCUUCCGCCAAGUUGCGGACAACCUGGAGUACAGCGGCGUCACUGCCCUUCCGCACUUUGUGAUGCGGCGGUGGCACUACGGACGGAUCAUCAUCAUCGGCGACGCCGCCCACAAGUUCAACCCCCUCGUCGGCCAGGGCGGCAACAGCUGCAUCGAGUCGUGCGCCUCGCUCGCCAACGCCCUACGGGAACAAAACCUCGCCGGCCGUGCGUCUUGGGAGCUGCCCAGGCUCACCGAGGCUUUCGUCGCCGUCGAGAGCCAGCGCGUCGAGCGUCUCGCCGACAUGGUUGAGAAGUGCCAGGAGGCCAUGCGCGCCUCCGCCUGGAACACGUGGAAGGGCCGCCUGAUACACAAGUACCUCGCGCCUCUUCUGCCGAUAGCCACGUGGCUCAACUUCUACAGCGAACAGAUCGCCGGUGGCCUGAGUUUGAACGGCGCCAGCCCCCCGUCAUCAGACCACGCGUGGCCAUACAGCGACGAAAAGAAUGUGGAGGACAAAGAAUCCGCGCCGAGAAGAACCAGCAUUUCUGCCACGUUGCCCGUCGCUGCUAUCACUGCCUUGUUGUUGGCUAGAGUGCUCCAUCAACAGAGCUUGCUUGGGGGCUCAGCGCUCUUCUCUCGAAUGAUGGGAGCGGUUUCGGGUUAUUGGCAAUAA